CAACGGUAACAGUCGCACACAAAGUGAACCAUUUUUUAAUUUUGAUGGUUGCUUCUUGUGAGAGCUUUUCAAAGGAGUGUUAAGACCGUGUUUGGGUAAAUCAAAUGUCGAUGGGGACUGACACUACCUGGGUCGGUAAAAAGCCUCUCAGACGCAUCGGUGGCAUGUCCGAUGCCCUAUCCAUCGCCGCCGAUCUUGGAUUUUCUGUUGCACCUCCUCCUUCUCAGGAAGAACUCCAGAACUUAUCCACAACAACUGGUGAAAAAGGUGACGACUUGAUUAAGGUGUUAAGAGAAUUAACUACUGUACAAAGGAAAAUAGCAGAUUUACAAGUCGAGCUUCAAGGCCGAAAGGAUGACAAAAAUGUGGCGCACUUGACACAUGUGAGUGAAAUGGAAAAGAAGAUUGAGACUUUGUCAAGGAUCACUACUAUAUUGAAGGAUGUCAUUCAGAAUAAGGACCGUAUCAUAGCUCGUCUUCAACAACCAUAUUCACUAGAUUGUAUUCCGGUUGAAGCAGAAUAUCAGAAACAAUUUUCAGAAUUGCUGAUGAAGGCUGCAAGUGAUUAUGGUGCCUUGACAGCAUCUGUUGCAGAUUUCCAGUGGAGUCAGAACUUUAAGGAGUCUCCUUCAGUAUGGGGGGAAAUGCUACGUCCUAUUCCUGUUGCUCUAGCAUCCUGUACGCGAUUCUUUGAAGCAAUGUCUGCCAUGAGAGAAUCAUUUGCUACACUACAAGACCUGAGAGUUGGACAUUCAGUUUCCACUUUGCCAAAAACACCAGCAAGUAAUCUGUCGCAUAGACUAGCAGGAGAAUCAGACUGUAUGACUCCUCCUUGGAGAAAUGAAUCUAGUUUUGAUGACUUGGCAAUCAAAAGCCUAAGAAAGCAAGAGAUUGAGCAGCAAGAAGCAGAUGAUGAAAGUAGUGAAGUGGGUGAGUUUAACCAAGUUGAUGGCACAAGUCACAGAAGAUUGUCAUGGCCUCCAUCUGUUAAAAAGAGUGGUACAUAGUUAAAGACCCUUUUCAUUUAUAUUACGUUUUGGAAUUUUAUAUACAAUACUUUCAUUACAAUGGAAUCGUUCAUGAUCUUGCAUUACAAGCAAAUAUUUUUUAUAUUUAAAUAAUUA